AAUGACCACACCAGAAUCAUUAAACCCAGCUCCUCUUACUGGUCUUGGAGAUUAUUCUUACAAAAAGGUAUUGGAAGACGACUAUUCAACUGGAAAGUUGAAUCUUAAAUUUAAGGGAAAUACUAAGUCUUCUGGUAUAGCAAAUUACAAAGGAUGGUUGGAUAUGAGCAAAUAAUAAUCUUAGUAAGAGACUAAGUUCCAAUUCCCAUAUAAGAAGUAUGAAUUCAUAAAAUUAUCAAAGCUAUUUCUUAUAAAUUGCCACAAGAGAAGAUGGAGCAAAAGUCCAUAUUGACUUUGGAGAAGUAGCCAAAUUAGGAAAUAAUGGAAGUGUUAAUCUAUUUGCCAAUGCCAAAUUGGGCAGCUCUCACUUAAGUUAAGCAGUAAUUAGAUUUGGUGGUGUGACCUAAUGGAGAUCAAUUACUCAUCAUUUACGUAAAUAUUAAUAAAAAUACAAUUAGGUUUCGAAUACAAUCCAGCAAAUGCUGUGAGUACAUUAAGUAGAGCAUUCUGGAAAAAUAAAGAUUGGGUAGUUGUUGCAGCUGAAGAUUUUCAAGUCACAAAUGGAUUUGGAGUGAAAAGACUUGAUUUGAUUGUUGGAUAUCUUUCAUAAAAUUAUGAUAUUUUCUUCAGACACUUGACUGAGGCACCAAAUAAAAAAAAAGAAUUUUCACAAUUAAAAAAUGGAAGACUUAUUUUGGAUUUUGUUUACAGAAAGAAUAAAUACACUUUUGGAUUAGAGACAGAGUAUAACUUAGCAAAAUCUUAAUUGAAUGCUUUGGUUGGAGCUUCCACAAAGAUUGAAAAAGUUGAUGUCAAAGCAAGAAUCAAUGUGACAUAAUAGAGACUUGGCUUAAGUGGAAAAGGUAAAUUAAAUGAUAGGUAUAAGAUUAUUGUUUAUAUAUAGAUUCAAUUGGGCCCUAUCAACUGAAUUACCACUUGAUGGAUCAUUACCAAAUAAAUAAGGUUUCCUCCCACUUCCAAUUGGGUUCACAUUGGAUACAUCAUUAUGAU